AUGGUUUUAAAGAAAAAAACGAAUGCAUCUUGUCUUGCAUGCUUACUUUUUCUAUUGCUGAGUGCUAUUUGUAUGUACUGCAUUGAUGAAGUGCAAAAAGAUACUGAAGACUCCAGAAGAAAGAUAUUAGCGAAACAGCAGUUUAAGGAGAGUCAGAGCCUCUUGAAGAACACGGAAGAAUUUCAAGGAAAGGAUGUCCGUAGCCCAAAUAUGUAUGAAGAAAAGACAAAUAAAAAUGAAAAUCAUCCGGGAGUCUCUACAGAGAACAUCCCUUUUCAAUCUUCUUUCAUGUCAUCCUAUCUACAGGAAAUAGAGCUGCAAAGAGAGAAUGAUCCUGGCUUUUACUGUCCUAAGAUAUACGUUUCAACAAAAAAGAGCGGUAUAAAAAUACUAAAUAGUGGCAUUAACUUUAAAAUGAGGAGAAGCACCAAACACGGAAAGCGCGAGAAGUUCACAGGCAAAAUGAAAUACUGGUCAAGCUUAGGCACAGAAGAGAGCAUUAAAAUUGAGUUUAGCAACCCAGACGACUUUAACUACUUUUUAAUAGAGCUUCCUUCAGGCAAAAAAGUUGAGGAUGUUUUAAACAACACAAAGUGUACUGAACUUAGCUCUAUAGACAAUACUACAAAAAAUGCCAAAAGUUGUGUUUUUAUUUUCAAUGAGGAGUAUGAGAGGGAUAGGUCCGCAGUUUCUUCUCCUAGCGCAGAGGAAGACCCGUCAGAUGCUAGUAAAAAUUUAGUGAAAAUGACUCGGAUUAACAGCAGCAGGGGAAAAACAGUAGGUAAAGCCGAUCUACACAUCUCUCCCCGCUAUUAUUACGAAAACAUUCAUAACUCAUAG